CAGCAAAUCACUCGCGCUCUCCUCCCCGAAACUCCAGCUUUCGAGCUCUCCGCCAGCCAUUAGGAACAUCGGGGUUUCAGCUAGCACAGCCGUGGCUUACGGAGGCGUCGACUUGUCAACGCGAUGGACCUGCGCUGCGUCUUGGCGAGUGCCUUGGCACGUUCAAGGUUGCAUUGCUGGGGGAAACCAGGGGCGCGGAAGGAGGCAUGCUGCUAUAACAGUGCAUGCCAGAGCGACGACGAUGUUUUCCUAACUUCUUAGUGACAGACGGACUGCACGCCAUUCUCUUCUUGCUCUUUUGAUCCUGCUGCUCAUCCAACUAGUGUCGGUCAUUUGACUUGCUGCGCAGAUCUCGCUCGUUCUAGCCUCUAUAACUACAUGUUUAUUCCCCUCCCCGAAUUGAGGGCCCAAUCUAUUCUCUAUUGUAAAUAGUUUUGUUCUUUCAAUAUGCGUGUCUCGUCCAUGUCCAUGACGGCCUUGGCUGUUGCCAGCCAAGCCGUCGUCGCGUCUGCUCUCAGUCAAGAAGAACGCGCCGCCGCUGUCAAGCAAACCUUCCAAAUUGCUUGGGAUGGCUACUAUAACCACGCGUUUCCGCACGACGAGCUGCACCCGGAGGACAACGGCAAUGAUGACAACUUUGGUGGUUGGGGUGCUUCUGCGGUCGAUGCCCUUUCGACCGCGAUUGUGAUGGGCAACAAGGAAGUUGUCAGCCAGAUCCUGAACUACAUUCCCAAGAUCGACUUUACGCGCACGAACGAGACCAGCAUCAGUCUUUUCGAGACUACGAUUCGUUACUUGGGCGGCCUUGUAUCCGGCUACGAUCUGCUGACUGGCCCGGCAGCUGAUCUGGUCGAUGACAAGGAAUUGGUGGACACCAUCUUGGCCCAGGCCACGAGUCUGGCUGACACGCUGAGUUACGCCUUUGAUACCCCGUCUGGCGUUCCGUACAACAACUUGCUUUUGAACACGAGAAGCAAUGAUGGGUCUACCUCCAACGGCCUCGCCACAACCGGUUCGCUGAUCCUGGAGUGGACUCGCUUAUCUGACCUGACGGGCAACAAGACAUACGGCCAACUCGCUCAAAAGGCCGAGUCUCAUCUUCUGAACCCGCAGCCCUCAUGGACCCAGCCCUUCCCGGGCUUGGUAGGCAGUUACAUCGACAUCGCUUCUGGCAACUUCACCGACGACUAUGUCAGCUGGAACGGUGGCGACGACUCAUACUACGAGUAUCUGAUCAAAUUCUGGGUCUAUGACUCCCAGUACACCCAGUACCGUGACAGUUGGCUGGAAGCAGCCAGUUCCACCAUCACCCACUUGACUGCGCACCCGGAUCCUCGCCCAGACUUGACUUUCGUUAACAUCUGGAACAACGGCACCCUUAUCUCAACCAGUGAACACUUGACGGGCUUCAUUGGCGGCAACUUCUUGUUGGCGGGAUCUACUUUGCAACGCCAGGAUCUCAUCGAUUAUGGUCUGGCCUUGACCGCGUCGUGGCACGAGACUUACAACUCGACUGCUACCAAGAUCGGGCCUGAGGUAUUUGCUUGGGACAAGGCCGGUGUUCCAGCCGACCAGAAGGCUUUCUACGAUAAAUAUGGAUUCUACAUCACCGCUGCAGACUACGUUCUCCGACCCGAGGUCAUUGAAAGCUACUACUAUGCCUAUCGUAUUACGGGUGACCAGAAGUAUCGCGAGUGGGCUUGGGAUGCUUACCUAGCUAUUAAUUCUACCUGCCAUACUGGCUCUGGAUACGCUGGGCUGAACAAUGUCAACAUUGCUGGAGGUGGUGGCUUCGACAACGAGCAGGAGAGUUUCCUGUUUGCCGAGGUGCUGAAGUACUCGUACUUGAUCCAGGCAGAAGAUGCCGAUUGGCAAGUCCAGGCCGAUGGCUCCAACAAGUUUGUCUUCAAUACGGAGGCCCACCCGAUCCGUGUUAAAGCUUAGCCAGCUAGACUUGACUUUACGUCUAUUGUACUUAUUCAUUAUACACUA